AUUGUAUAAUUGAAAAUAGCAAUACAUAGCUUAACGUUAGCUAAAUCUAUACAAAAUUGAGAUAAUUCGAGUUGAAAUAUUGAAAUUUACCAUAAGAUUUUUAAAAACGCUGUCGUUUUAUUAGCUUCGUCUUUAAGCUCUGCCUGAUUCACAGGGAUAUUUGAACGAGAUCGGAGCCACCCAUGGUGUCAGCAUCAACAGUAGAACCACUCAGCCACCCUCACCACGAAUUCUCAAUCGCCAUGAAAUCAUAUCAUCUCGUCUAAUUUGUGUUGUUUUGAAAUCUUCUUCGUGUUCGUCCAGAUCUUUUUACACAUUAGCUCCAUGGAAGAAGAGAGCAAUCAAAAGCUGGAUGUAGCUUUAAAAUGUUGUCACAACCCCAUUUCAGGGAUUUGGUGGUUCUUCGCCAUAGCCGCCUGCGUCAAGCUCCUUCUGAUCCCAUCAUACCACAGCACGGACUUUGAGGUCCACCGCCAUUGGCUAGCUAUCACAAAUUCUCUACCACUUUCGCAAUGGUACUUAGACGAGACCAGCCCUUGGACACUGGACUAUCCACCCUUCUUCGCUUACUUCGAACGCUUCUUAUCAAUCUUUGCUAAACUCGUCGAUCCUCAAAUUGUUGAUCUCCAAAAGGGUUUGAAUUAUAACUCAAAUACUGUAAUUUAUUUUCAAAGAAUCACUGUGAUUGUAUCAGAUUUAUGUCUUCUAUAUGGGGUUUUUAGAUUGACAAAGAAUUUAGAUUCAAAGAGGCGAAAAUCGAUAUGGGUAUUGGUUAUCUGGUCCCCAAUGCUUAUGAUUGUAGACCAUUUGCAUUUUCAGUAUAAUGGGUUUCUCCUUGGGAUUCUAUUGAUUUCACUUUCUUAUCUUGAGGAGGGAAAUGAUUUGAUGGGUGGUUUUGUUUUUGCGGUCUUGUUAUGUUUUAAGCAUCUUUUUGCUGUGGCUGCACCGGUUUACUUCGUCUACUUGUUGAGGCAUUAUUGUUGGGGAGGGAUUUUGAGGGGUUUUAGGCGGCUAUCGGCUAUGGGGACUGUGGUUGUGGCAGUUUUUGUAGCAGCAUUCGGGCCAUUUGUAUAUUAUGGGCAGAUACAACAAGUCAUCAGCCGUAUGUUUCCCUUUGGUAGGGGACUUUGUCAUGCAUACUGGGCACCAAAUUUUUGGGUGCUUUAUAUUAUACUAGAUAAAGGGCUUGCAUUCUUUUUUAGAAAACUCGGCUUCAAUAUUCAAACACCUGCAGCUUCUUUCACUGGUGGGCUUGUUGGGGAUUCUUCACCUUUUGCUGUUUUACCUCGGAUCGUUCCACUGACAACUUUCCUUAUGGUUCUCCUUGCUUUAUGUCCUUGCCUAGUUCAAGUUUGGAGAAAUCCACAGCCGAGGAAGAUUACAAGAUGGGUAGCCUAUGCUUAUAUGUGUGGGUUCUUGUUCGGUUGGCAUGUACACGAAAAGGCUUCACUUCAUUUUGUUAUUCCCCUUGCCAUUGUAGCAGUGCAGAGUAUGGAUGAUGCAAAGCAUUACUUCAUGCUAUCAAUAGUGUGCUGCUAUUCCCUCUUCCCACUUCUCUAUGAAGGUCAGGAGUACCCAAUAAAAGUUCUAUUGUUGCUACUACACUCCAUUCUGAUGUGGUUAGGAUUUUCUGCACUAUUUCAAAGUGGCAGAGCUGUGAAAACUUCUUCUCUUAAAAGGAAGGAACUAAAGACGAGUUCUAGUUCAUCAGCUCAGGGAGAAGAAGGGUUUAGUAUUGGCUUGAUUGAAAAAUGCUAUUUGACUGGCAUUAUAAUUGUUGAAAUUUGGGGUCAAUUUGUGCACCCUUUGGUUCUUGGUGACAAGUUUCCUUUUAUACCUCUGAUGUUAAUCUCUAUAUAUAGCACAAUAGGAGUUGUGUACUCUUGGAUUUGGCAGUUAAAGUGGAUUGUAAGAAGUGUUGGUUCAUAGUAUUCUCAUUCUUAACUACUCAAAAUUUAGUUUUUA